AUGGCCCCAGACACUUACACCACGACGGUUGAAGCCGGCGAGCAGCAUCCACAACCCGCACCACUUCAACCCCCCCAAAUGGGUCUGAGUGGCGCUCAAUAUCCAGGCUGUCCAUUGCCAUAUCCAUACACCGAUCCUAGAUCAGUAAAUCAGGAACAAAAUCCUAUCUUGAAUCCCUCAAACAACAAUAACGAUAACGAUACCCGUGAAAUGAUGCGGAACGUUCCGCAACCGCCAUGGGGUCAGGAUCACACUCUACUACAAUCAACCUCCAUCGGACAAAUAGAAUUCCAAUCUAUUAGCGCCGCGCAACACUUCUGGGAAACGCACCGCCCACAGCCGGUGUUAGCCCUAUACGUACCAAAUCCACAACGCCCAUCGCGUCCUUUCGGAUCAACACGCUAUGGCGAACAACCGAUGGCGAGCAUUUUCCCAUUUGUCAACCAGGUGAUUGGAACUGAGGUAGAAUGGGGCUCCAGGAAUAUUGAGCUAGAUUGCAGAUUUGAAUAUGGAGCGACUUCGCCCAUGGCAGCAACAGCAGGGUGUCCAGCAGCAGCAUCCAGCCGCUUGUCAGCCACCACCACGAGCUCGAGCAGUUGUGAUGAGAAACCCCAACCUCCAUAA